ACACAACACCACACAACCAUGACACACGGCAUGCCAUGACUGUUUGUCGGCCUGCUGAUGGGUUCGUUUUGGAGGUUUUGUGCUGGAGUUUAACACAAUUACUGCACAGUUCCGUCAUAAGUCUCCAUUAGAGCGGUUCGUCGGCGCGGCUGGCAACAUAACUCGUAGAAGUACCCGGUCGCUACACAAAGCCAAUAUUUGCUUAUCUUAAAGAAAUAAACAAAUGCGGUUAGUUUCGAAAAAGUGUUUAAGAAAGUCUAAGAAAACCUCUCAUCCUCUGUGUCGCGGAAGAGUACUCGACCGGAUUAGCGCCUGCAGAUGUGUACUUGUGCCUCUAAUUGAAACGAAAAUGAAUUGCAAAUUGAGGCAGGCCCAUCGGCAGAUCGGUAAAAAAUCAAUCUGAAAAUAGACAUCGACAAAAAGAGAGCAACAGUUGAUCGAACUUAAUUCCUUGAGUGUACGGAUGUUGCUGUCGUUGUGUUGAAAACUAAAAAAGAAAGAAAAGAAAAAGAAAACAAAACAAAGGCAAAACAAAACAAAAACAAAACAAAUUGAGUAGAGCGAAAGAAAUCACAAUUGCCGAACCAAGUGACAAGAUGUUUAUAUUUUCUAAGUGGAUCUACAGUUGUGUGAUAGUCGAAGGGACGGUGUAGAUUGCCAGCUAGCCAAAGGGCAUGUGUAACAUUUCAUUUGACUACCAAAUCAAAAAAAAAAGUGCGCGAACGCCAAUGUAACCAAAAGGCUGAUUAAUGAUUAUUAAAAAUUAAAAAAACAAAUUCAAGAAACAAAACAAAAACAGAACGGCAGCAGUGGCCGAACAAAGUGAAAGAAUUAAAAAAUAAAACAAAAAGUUUAAAAGUGCAAUAAAAAAUAGUGAGCAAUCGUUUUUCGUUUUUUUUUUUCUUAUUUUAAAUGAGCAAAAAAACAUAAACGCCAAAGAUUUCGGUGUAAAGUAAACAACAGCAACAACAACGCUCACAAACCGAUCGAAUGAAAGGAGUUAAUGAUACGUUUUUUAUGAGUUAUGGUGAAAUAAUUUUGUGCGGCGGCUUUUCAGUAGACUGCGAUGGCGGUGGCGAUAAGAGUGUAUUUGUAGUUGUUGCUGUUGGCAGUAAUGAGUGUAAAUGAGUGCGUGUGUGUAACUGUGCUAUUCAACAAUAACAUUUAGAGUAAUUAAAAUGAAAACAUUUCGUUGCUUUCUUCAUGCAACUCCUAAAAAGUCGAUUCGUUACAAAAAGAACAACGACAACAGCAAUAAAACUCACAUAAAAUAGCUGAACUGUAAGAUAUACCGAAAAUAGCAAUUGGCCCCAGCAAAAAACAAAUCACAGAGAGAAAUUGCAUUCCACACAGAGCUACAGCUACAGCUACAGCUCAGCACCACAUCAGCGUCUAUAGAUCACCAAUUAUGAUGGCAUUUUCACGUUCAGUGUCAAUUAUUUAAAGUUUACUACUGCCGCUGGUAUCUGGAAAACAAGCCAAGCUUCCAUCCAUCCAUCCAUCCAUCUAGCCAUCUAUCCAUUCAAGUAUCGGAUGUUGCAUCAAACACAACACAACCCAACACCACAGCAAGAGUUCAGUUCAUCUCAACGGUAGCCAUCAUCGUUUCAUCCAAUAUUGUCUGACUGGCUGGCUGACUAACUGACAAGGCCAACAGCUUAGAAAAGCAAACACAACCGCAAAGGAAUUGCCACUGCAACAGUGGCAACGAGGGUGGCAGCAGCCGCCACAACGCUUCAUCAUCUUCAUCUGCUGUUUCAUUUUCAUUUUCUUCUGCACUGCAUUUGGUGGCAUCCAUGACUUAAUGAGAUUGCCGACUUUCGUGCUCGAAGUACAACGGCGACAUCAACGGCAACAACAGUGGCAACAAAUUGAUUCACACACGCUUGGAAGAUGAGGAAGCAUCGCUAUAGUCGACAAUGGCUAGUCAGUCAGGGUGAAGAUGACAGUGUCAAGGGUCGAAGAGGUGUCCUGCACCAAAAUGCCAGACCUGCACCUUCGCCUGCUCAACUGGACAUCCUUGAGGUAGUUCAUGUCACGGGACGAAGCAAAUGUGAACGUCAGGGGUAUACCACGCGCACUGCGAGAAGUCACCUCCGGUUGUCGGAAAGAUCAGGAGAUCGUUUUUACCAAAUACUAGAAGUAUUAUUAGCUAUAGUAUUAGUCAAUUUUCUAGCGUGUAGGCUAACAGACUUCCCAAUGGCCGUGGCCGCGUUUGGUUAUGGGGCCCCAGCAGCCAGUUUCCCGAGUCACAAUUUGCAAGGCAAUUUCGGGGGGAGCCAUCAACCAUAUACGGACUCGGACGAAAUUGAAGAUCCCUAUUAUCGCCAGGCGCACAGCAUUGGCGGAUCCGCAUUCGGAUAUAACGGACUGCAGCUGCAACACAACCUGGACGACAAUUUGCUGAGAAGUCAAAACUUUAAGAUCAGUCCCAAGCCAUGUUCGGUGGGCCGCAUAGAGGGCACCUGUAUGUUUGUGUGGGAGUGUAUAAAAUCAGAGGGUCGCCAUGUGGGCAUGUGUGUGGACUCGUUCAUGUUUGGUUCAUGUUGCGCCCACAAUUACACGGACAACAUUGUACUGCCCAAUACGUUUUCGUACACCCGACCGACUAAGCCCAUCGGCAUGGGAAGCAUGAAUCACAGGCCCAGGCCGCCACAGCAUCCCCACAAGCCGAGCAUAAUAGGUAUGACAACCAUCGAGAGGCCCCACGGAGCUGGAACGUUAGUCAUACGUCCCUCUGGUCCUCAUCAUCAGGGGCCACUGGUGAGGCCGCAACAGUCGAAACCUUCAUACAGCACAGCCACAGGACUGGUCACAUCAACCACAACGGAUAACCCCACUUUGAUUUGGACUUCGAGUGCGGGACAGGGGGAUUUACAAUCAUCGGCCAGUAUAUCUUCGGCCACCACAAUUAACCACCAGCAACAUUGGCACUUGACAACCGAACCGAACUUUAUAACCAAGCCUAGACCUCCUGCAUGGGAUAAGCCGGGAACGUUCAGACCCAAACCUCCGAAGCCCAGUAAAAAGCCCAUAAUGCCCUCCCAAACAGAUUGGCACACCACCCAAUCCCAAGUGGCUUACAUAUCGCCCUCCUAUGGUUCAUAUUCCACCAGGAAACCAACAACAACAACAAUUUCUCCCACAUUGUCAUCAACCACCACAUGGAAGACGAAUGCAACAAGCACAACAACUACAUCAACAACAGCUUUAACACCGUCAUCAUCAACAACAACGACGUCGUCUACAUCAACAACAACAACAACAAUGAACAAAACGAAGCCCCAGUUUGUGGGACAAAACAGCAGACCGACAACAGUGCCAGCAUCUAGUUUCACCUAUGCCAAACCAACCUCAAGUAGUUCGGCAGCAACGACGACGGCGGUAACAACACCCAUCAGCACGUCAUCCCCGAGGCCUCCGUCAUCAUCAUCAACAGCAACCACAACAACAGCAUUCAAUACCAAGAAACCGGCGACGACAACGAUGACGACGGCAACAACAGCAGGUGUUUUACCCACCAAAACAACAACACAAAGACCAACGUCAUCUUCCCGACCGUAUACCACGACCAGCUCAACUUCGCCCUCAUCAGCGUUGCAUACAUUGCCCGCCACCAAUAUUAGCGCCAUUGAAUCAAACGAAAUUGCUGAUAACUCCGUUGAUGGCGGCGACGUCAUAAAAACCGUUUCAGCAGCACGCAGUGAAUGUGGAGUGCCUGUGUUGACGCGGCCGGAAACGCGUAUUGUUGGCGGUAAGAGUGCUGCCUUUGGUCGAUGGCCUUGGCAGGUGUCGGUGCGUCGCACCUCUUUCUUUGGGUUUUCAAGUACGCACCGGUGUGGCGGUGCUCUCAUCAAUGAAAACUGGAUUGCCACGGCUGGCCAUUGUGUCGACGACCUAUUGAUCUCGCAGAUUCGAAUACGGGUGGGCGAAUAUGACUUUGCACACGUGCAGGAGCAAUUGCCCUACAUUGAGAGGGGCGUGUCGAAGAAGAUUGUCCAUCCGCAGUAUAACUUUUUCACAUAUGAGUACGACUUGGCCUUGGUGAAAAUGGAACAGCCAUUGGAGUUUGCCCCACAUGUCAGUCCCAUCUGCUUGCCCGAAACCGAUAGCCUUCUGAUCGGUAUGAAUGCCACCGUAACGGGGUGGGGUCGAUUGAGUGAAGGCGGUACAUUGCCAUCAGUUCUUCAGGAGGUCUCAGUGCCCAUUGUUAGCAAUGACAAUUGCAAGAGUAUGUUCCUUAGGGCGGGUCGCCAGGAAUUCAUACCGGAGAUUUUCUUGUGUGCGGGUUAUGAGAACGGCGGACAAGACUCUUGCCAAGGUGACUCCGGCGGCCCAUUGCAGGUGAAAUCGCAAAAUGGCCAUUACUUCCUAGCCGGCAUCAUUUCGUGGGGCAUUGGUUGUGCUGAGGCAAACUUACCCGGUGUCUGUACAAGGAUUUCGAAAUUCGUGCCUUGGAUAAUGGAGAAUGUGACGUGAUUGGCCAAAAAGCUGCCAAACUCUAAGCCAGCUUAGUGCGCUUCGCCUUCCACGCUGGUUGCACCAAUGUAAAUACUCGAUGUUCGAUAAAUUUGUUAAUUAUUUGUUUUUGUAGUUGUAGUUGUACUCUCUUUGAGAGCUUAACUUUGUCCUUAUUUUUUAUUGUGUAUUUUAUUUUAAUUUAUUUUCUAAUUUGUGAUUUUAUUUAUUUCCCAAUAUUUCGUAAGCUGUAGUUAGCUCCAAACACACAAUAUUUGAGUGUGCGCCUACCCAAAACCAUAUUGUAAAUAUAUAUUUAUUAUUAUAGAAAAAGAGUCAUGUCAAAUAUAAAUAUUAACACUAAAUCUUAGAGGAAGGAAACGUAUGAAAUUAAUUUAAUUAAAAAAUAAAUAAAUAAAGAAAUAUAUCGUCU